AUGUUUUUUAGUAUAUAUGUUCCAACAUAUCGACCCAGGGCACCGCAGUGCAAUGUGUGCUCUAAGUAUCAUUUCGGAGAAUGCCGAUAUCAGAACGUCGUCAAGUGCUACACCUGCGGAGGAAACGGCCACUACUCUAGGGAGUGUGCAAAUAACAAGGUAGGAUCGGGAUCAAGGCAGAACGAUCAAGGAUCCCGUCAGCAAUCGAGGGCACCGCAAAGUGAACCACGAGGAAAUCGCGACCCAUCGUCGCGGCAGCAACAACCUCACCGCCCAAGACUUCCUCCACAAGCUAGAGCGUUCGCGCUGGAACAAAAGAAGCCGAAGAAAGAGCAAGAUGAUCGUGAGAAAGGAAACUUGACAGGUAUGGGUGAAAUUCUCGAUACCCCCGUUGUUGUGUUAUUUGACACGGGCGCAUCGCAUUCAUUUAUAUCUGAGCUAUGUGUGCACACUUUGGGCUUGCCUUCUAGCGAAUCUGAACAUAGAAUGAUGGUGUCCUCACCAGUAGGAGGAAUGAUAGAAAUAUCUAGAACAUGCUCGAACAUAGAAAUUGUUAUGGGAGAACUUAAGUUAGUCACUCACGACCUGCAAGUUAUGGCGAUGAGAGAUACCGACGUGAUCCUAGGAAUGGACUGGUUGGCCGCGAAUUUCGCGAUGAUUCGAU